UUGACCUCAACUCAAUUAUAAAAUUACAAUUUGCCACUAGCAUUCAAUCUCUCUCUCUCGACUGAGACGGCCCCUAUCACCAGAAAAACACCGCAAAUCGUCACCGACCUGGCUUUGGUCGACUCCGCCUUCUUCUUCUUCUUUUUGACGUCAACGACGCCGUCGCUUGGGUGCUUGGCACUUUCUUCGACUGCCUCUAUCAUCAUCGAUCUCUCUCUCCUCCCUCCUUCGCGCCGUCUCUCUCUCUCUCUCUCUCUCUCUCUCUGCCAUGGCGGCCCUGGAACCGGAGGACGAAUCUGAUCGCCCUGCUAGGAAGAAGGCAACCUCGAUAAGGAAGAAGACCACCGAGGUCGGCGCCAGAGUCGGUGCGGUAGAGAUGGCCAUGCUGCACCAGACGGCCAUGCUGCACCACAAGGCGAAGGCGGCGGCGACAGGGGGUCAAAUGGAGGAGAUGAAGCCGUGUAGGGCGGCUGCGGAGGAGAGCGAGUUCGUGGAUCGGGUCAACUUGAAGAAGACGUCGGUGCUCUCUUCUUCUUCUUCUUCUUUCUCGUUCUCAACGCCGUCAUCGCAGUUGAGACUCUUUCCCCGGCAAUGUCCGUGGUCGUCAAGGAUUUUCACAAGCACCAGCUCAAGAUCACCAUUUGGAAUGAGGAAGUGUUCUUGGAAAACGUCGAGCUUAGUGUCGAAGCCUUCGGUUAUCUUAGCGAGGUCCCAGAACUCUGUUCCUCUUUGAAAUUUUCAUCACGAUUCACCAUGCAUGAACACAGUUUGUUUUUUUUUGUUUGGUCUGCAUAUUGUCCCAAAGUUACACUAGCUAAGUCGUGUGUCAAUUACUCAAUUUGUUAUUAAAUGGUAUUUCAAAUACAUUCUCGCUGUAGCCAAUUUAACCAAGUG